GGGGUUGGGGCCGGGCUGGGGUCUGGCUAGGGCGGGUUUGUGGUGCCGCCGGACAGGGAGAGAUGCGGGUCCACGACCCCCGAGCUCCGGGCUUUGGGGGGCUUGGGUCUGGGGGCCCUCCGGGCGCAGGUGGGUCGCCCCCCGCCCCUCCCCGCCCCCUUCUGGAGGCCUGCGCACCGCUCUGUGCCCCGUCUGUCCGGGACCCUCGGGAGCAGGUCGGGACGCCGCUCUAGGGGGGAGACUGGAGCAGUUACCCGGCCCGGGCGGUUGAGCAGCCAAGGGGAAAGUGAGAUCGGCUGGGAUGGGGGUCCGCCGGGCUGGCGGCGCAGUGGCCCGGCCUUGCACUGCCCACCUAACUUCUUGCGCUAGAUCCUGCCCCAUCUCCUCCCGCAGCUGCCCUGCAGAGCCGGUGCCAGCUGUGAGGGUGUGGGCGCGGACCUCGAGAUACCAUGAGCGUCGGCUUCAUCGGGGCUGGCCAGCUGGCCUUUGCCCUGGCCAGGGGCUUCACAGCAGCAGGCAUCCUGGCUGCUCACAAGAUAACAGCCAGCUCCCCAGACAUGGACUUGGCCACGGUUUCUGCCCUCAGGAAGAUGGGGGUGAACCUGACGCCUCACAACAAAGAGACAGUGCAGCACAGUGAUGUGCUCUUCCUGGCCGUGAAGCCGCACAUCAUUCCCUUCAUCUUGGAUGAAAUUGGCGCCUACAUCGAGGACCGGCACAUUGUGGUGUCCUGCGCAGCCGGCGUCACCAUCAGCUCCAUCGAGAAGAAGCUGAUGGCGUUCCAGCUGGCCCCCAAAGUCAUCCGCUGCAUGACCAACACACCAGUCGUGGUGCGGGAGGGAGCCACCGUGUACGCCACGGGCACCCACGCCCAGGCAUUCACAGCCCUGGAUGCCCUGGCUGAUGGGGGCGUGAAGAUGGGGCUUCCAAGGCGCCUGGCAGUCCGCCUUGGGGCCCAGGCUCUGAUGGGGGCUGCCAAGAUGCUACUGGACUCAGAACAGCACCCAGGCCAGCUCAAGGACAACGUCUGCUCUCCUGGCGGGGCCACCAUCCAUGCCUUGCAUGUGCUGGAGAGUGGGGGCUUCCGCUCGCUGCUCAUCAACGCCGUGGAGGCCUCCUGCAUCCGCACUCGGGAGCUGCAGUCCAUGGCUGACCAGGACGUCUCACCAGCCGCCAUCAAGAAGACUGUCCUGGACAAGGUGAAGCUAGACUCCCCACCAGAGGCCCCUUCUGGCCACUCCAAACUGCUCCCCCGAAACCUGGCCCCGGCGGGCAAGAAGGACUGAGGUAUCAGACUCAUGAGAAAAACAGCCACUCUGAGUUACUGCCUAGGCAUCUGACGGCAUGACAACACCACUCAUCCAGAGUCUGGAGACAUAGAUAAGGUCCCAAGCUUAGUAUCCCACCACAAGUUCCCACUUUGCUUUUCCCAGGGCACCUUUUAAAAUAACCACUUAGAGUUGAGCCCGUGAUAAGUUAGUGAGCUCUGCCUCAGCCACCUUAUAAGUAACAGAUGCUUCCUACCCCGCUCUCUAUCUCCUGCUUGUUUGUGACCUGGGACUGAGGACUGCCCUUUCCCCAGCUCAUUGUCCCCAUCUCCUGCCCCACUGCUGGGAUCUGUGGGUAACAGAUUUUGUGACUUUCCUUCCUUCAUGUGAGUGUACUGAAACUGCACCUUUAAUCAAAACUGCCUCCGUUUUCAGUUCCCCAAAGGGGGAGCUCAGGUGCUGAAGAAGUUACCUGUGCCUGCCCCCACCCCCUCUUGUGGGUGGCAUGUGCCCCCCCCAUUCAGCAGGUCAUAUCUGCAUAUUAAUUCGGUACACCAGCUCCAGCUUCACACAGCGGCCCUCCCGCCAGCCUGCUCUCCACCUUCUCCCGUCUCCUGGGCUCAGAGCUCAUGCACUGGGCGUCUCUAGCCCCAGGCCUCACAGGGUGUCCCACAGUGGCCCACUGCCCAUGGCUCUGGUCCACUCAGGGGUCAGCUGGUGUCAGAGGGGGGACACAUCACUUCCCAGUAGGAAUCUCCAUGGUCCCCAAGUAUUUCCUGACCCAGAACAGGGAUGGAUUCUCUGACCGCAACCUCCCCCAUCCUCUGCUCCCAAAGUCAGGACCACCUUCCUCUGAAGCUCAGGAGGCCUGGGGUCUUCACUCCCCAGCAUCAGCUGGCUUGGGGCUUGGCCCCUUCCUCAGUACAAGGGUCAGGGUUCUCCCCGUGAAGGCCUAGCCAAGGAGGGAGCCUGACCCCCUCAUAGGAGACACCUCCUUCCUCGGUGUGGGAAGGACCAAAGGGUCCCUGGUGUCUGGCAGGAGGGACGACGGUUCUGGGCUGGCUGCCAACCAGGCUUGUCCCGUUUGACAUUUGAGAAAAGGGCUCCUCAGAUGGUUGAACUUCUGAGGCCACCAGCACACUCAGGCUACCGUCUCCUGUGCCUGACCCAACCCUUAGACGCUGUCACUUCUCUCCCUGACCUUUUAAGUUAAAUAAAUUGGUUUCCAGCCCCAGUGGCCUGACUUCUAACAUCUCCACAUGUGGAAGGAGGCCCCCACCUGCCCCAGAGGCCUGUUGCUGUCGAGCGUAAUGGGGAAGGCCAAGCAGCAGUCCAUGGGCCUGAGCCCUUUGUUCCAACGUGGCCAGGCUGCCUGGGGGGGCUGAGCCUCCCAGUAAGCAGAGGGGGAAGGCGCUGCUGGGGAAGGGGCCAGCCUUUUGGGCCUCAGUAACCAGAGGCAGGAUGGAAGCUGGCACUGUAAGCUGGGCUUCGCAUGCCCUGCUGUGGGAGGGCGUACCGGCCUCUGCAGCCUCUAUUCUUUCUGGCUUGGUGGGGGCCCCCAUCUCACCCAGGUGGGGCCAGGGGCACGUGAGGAAGGAGUUCCCUAGGGAGCAUAUUAGGAUUCUCCAGAGAAACAGAGCCAGUAAGAGAUGGCUUAUAUCUAUAGAAUAGGAUAAAUAUAAAAAAAGAGAUUUAUUGUAAGGAAUUGGUUCAUGCAGUUGAAGUUAGCAGGUCCAUCUGCAGGGUGGGCCAGCAGGCUGGACCUAAAGAGAGCUGAUGUUCCAGUUCAGAGUCCGUCAGGCAGGCAGAGGCAGUCUGGAAGAGAAUUCUCUCUUACUCCAGGGAGGGUCUGUC